AUGGCCAAUUCUAUGCGAGUCCUCGUCUACGCUCGAGUUACGGAUAUCCCGGGUCUGCCCCAAAAACGUUAUCUCGCCCUAGGCGACCUGGUGGCUAGGCAGCUUCUUAGCCGCAAUUUCCACGCCAGUGUCCACCCGCCCGUUUAUGACCACGUCCACAUCCCAGCCGACUUCGACUCCGAACAGCCGCUUGAGCGGUGGUUUAUCUUUGACCUGAACGUCAGAAAAGCUCUGCCUCGUAGCGAACUUUUACAAUUGCCGCAUUUAGUGUACUUCGCCAGCCGCCAGGGCGAUAAAUGGAUAUUUCUGAAACGCGACAACUCAAUCGAAAGGGCAAAAUCAAAAGCGGCAUCAUUCGCUUGGGGUGGGCGUUUGGAGCAAAAGUUGUUCGCUGAAUUGAGGGCGGAAUACAGCCAAGACGUCUCCUGA